AUGAGUACCACCACGAGAAGGAAGACAACAAACGGAAAGAAGGAGAAGGAGAAGCGCCCCAAGCAAGAGGCGGGCGAGGGCCCUCUCGUGAAGCAAGACACCAAACAGCAGCAGAAAAAGAAACCGAAAAGCCAAGAAAACACUGAGAGGCAAGCUGGGAGUGCAGAAAAUGCAGCUGAAGCUCGGGUCAACCAAUGCAAGGUAGAAGCACACGGUGACGCGCAGGAGGCAGAGAGGGAGGUGAAGCGGCCCAAGGUGGAGAACGACGAUGUCCCGACUGAUGCUGCAGGCGCGCAAGUCGAAGCGGAGGAGGGAAGCUACUUUAAACGAGGACAGGUGGUAUACGAAAAUGCGCUUUGCGAGGCUGUAGUCCCAGUGUAA